AUGGACCUGAUCCAAGCCCUCUCAUCCUUGGACUACGACGAAGCCCGCUCCCUGAUCAAAGAACACCCUGAGCUAGCCACGAACCGAGACGAGGAGGGCUGUGCUGCCAUUCAUUACGCAGCCGAAAUACCGGAUCUACGUUUGUUCGUGGCAGUGUUGGAUGCGGAUCCAUCACUCAUCGACAGCCUCGAUAACAACGGCUUCACGCCGCUGAUCGUCGCUGUCACAGCGGGCAACAUCGAUAUUGUCAAAGUGUUGAUUCAGCGAGGCAGUCAGCUGGACCAUGUCGAUAUGGACAAACAUACCGCCGUGCAUUGGGCCGUGGUUUCUGGACAGGUAAGCCUGUGGGUUGGGGAAGGGGUAUGGCAUGUAGAUAUGGUCGACGGGCCGGGCCGGUUUUUAGGCCCGCUCCGUAGAUUACGUCCAAUAGCAAAUGGCAUGGGUAUGAGGAAGCCCAUUGUUCCUUGUUUUACCUAAAAAUACCAAAAAAAUAAAAUUUUUAAAUUUUAGGUAACAAAAAUUUUUAAAAUUUAAAAGAUAAUUUGGAAGUUUUGAAAAGUAAUGUGAAAGCUCAGAAAUCGUCUCUUUGGACAUUUAUUUAGGAAACAAAAUUCUAAAAAUUUCAAUUGAAACUAACUGAUAAAGUAAAAUAUCAAAAUUUUAGGUAAUAAAAAUUAAAAAUUUUUCAAAAAUCAAAAUUUGAAUAAUACGUUUUGUAGAGCUUAAAGAGUUGUCCCACAAUGCUAAUUUUCAUAUCAAUAACAUAAUUUAUGGCAGUGUUACAUUCAUUGGAAAAAGUCGAAAAGUCAAAAAAGUUCUAUACCUCUGCGAACCUCAAUAAUUUUUGUCCAAAAAUGGAAAUUUUAUAAACUCUUGAUAUAAUAGUUUUGUAAAGCAUAAAAAUAUCUAUAAAUAACGUAAGUUUCAUAUUGUUGUCCCCCUUUAUAACUGAGAGACAUUCAUUUGAAUCUGCCGAAACGCCAAAAAAAUCGAUUUUUUGAAAAUUUUGACUUUUCGCGCUUCAACAUGCUAUAACUUUUUUGUAAAACCAUAUAUAUUUACCAAACUUUCGUAAAAGUUACUGCUUUCCAUGCUUUACAAAACGUAUCAUUUGUAAUUUUAAAAAAGUUUUAAAAUUUUGAGGUAUGACCAAUUUUCAGUCAUUUUAUUGAAAAUUUUGCGAUUUUUUUAUUUUUUAAAUCUUGUUUUAGGCUUAUUGAUCAAAUUAGUGGCUUAAAAUGACUGUAAAUUUAAAUCUUGUGUUACUUUUAACAUUCUAAACAUUUAUUUUUAGGUAUCAGCCCUACAAGAGCUUCUAGCUCACGAGGCUCCUUAUGACACAGCUGAUCUUGUAGUAGGUUGAAAUGUUCAAUGCAAUUUCUUUUUUAAACUUAUGUUUCUAAGAAAUCACAAUGGUUUACGUAUUUUACAUAAGUCUAAAGCUAUGUAACAAAAAGUAACAAAAAAUUCAUACCUAAACAUGUAGUAUAAUAUAAAUAUUGAUCUUGUACUUCCAGGGAGCCCAUCCUUUACAUUACGCUUCAACAUUAGAUGAAUUUGAUGAAAGUCGAGCAGAAACGAUAUUGAACACGUUGUUAAAGGUGGAUACGGACGUGAAUUGUAGGGAUAAUGAUGAUAGGACACCCCUUUUAUGGGCAGCUAGUGGAGGUAAGAACUUUUUUGAAUAUUUUGUGACAUUUUGUCUUUUUAUUGAUUUUUGGUUUUGUAAAGCAAGUUGUUGCCAUUUUAGUUUUGUAAAGAAAGUUCUUGCCAUUUUGUGUUUUGUAAAGAAAGUUCUUGCCAUUUUGUGUUUUGUAAAGAAAGUUUUCGCUAUUUUAAGUUUUGUAAAGAAAAUUCCUGCCAUUUUUUGUUUUGUAACGAAAGUUUUUACCAUUUUUUCAUUUGUAAAGAAAGUUCUUGCCAUUUCAACCUUUUCCACAUGAAAUUAAAAAAGCAACACUUUUUUGUGACAUUUCGUUACAUAAUUGGUUUUUAUUCAGUUUUAACAUGAUUUAAAUUUUUUUUAAAUUUCAAAUAAAAUUUAAAUUUCAGGCUUCCUCUACGCCUGUCGUCGCCUAAUCGAAGCCGGAGCCAACAAAUUCGCUAUCGACCGUGACCACCUGAAUGCUUUACAUUGUGCUUCAAGUCAUGGCCACGUGGCCAUAGUGUCAUUGUUAAUUCAACAAACUCAAAGUAAAAAGCUGUUGGAUGGGAGAGACAAGAAUGGAGAUACACCUCUAUUCUAUGCUGCCACAUUUGGUCACUAUGAAUGUGCGGAGCUUUUGUUGAAGAACGAUGUUGAUCCGAAUCAUGUGGUAGGUAGUGAGGCUUUUUGUUAGUUUUUGAAGUUUUUUUUUGAAACUUGAGAAAAAUUUUUAAAAAAAUAUUGAAAAGCACACUUUGUAGAGUGUUGGCAACCAGUUUGGUAUUGAUCUCUUGAUUUAUGGUAAAGUUAUAUCAGUUUGAAAAUGACAAAAGGAAAAAAAUUUUGAUUUUUUGCCAAAAAUUGCAACUUUUUUUGCUGUUUUAUAUCGCUUUUAGUCGAUUUUUAAAACAUCUUGUCAUGCCUAUUGAUAACUUAUGAAUAGCUGUCUAAGGUAUAAUGAUUUCAAAUUUAUAUUACGUUUUAAAAAUGAGCCACAUUCAUCUGAAAUCGUCAAAAAUCAAAAAAAGUUCGGCUUUUCUUGGGUUUUCCAAAAGCUGAAUCCUCUUUACUUAUGACAUUGUUUCACGACUUUAAACCUGUCAUAACUUUUUGAAAUAAUCUACAUUAAUUGCCAAGAUAUCGAUCUAUAUUUCAGUCAAGUUUUGGAUUUUUACCUAUUGUCAUUUUGAAGUUAUGACAAUUUGUUUCAGGACAAACGGCUGCGAACGGCGGCGCACUGCGCGGCGGCAAAAGGUCAAAUGAGGAUUUUAAAAUUGCUUCGUCAGUUUGGUACUAGCUUUGACAUGCAAAAUUAUCGAGGGGACCUGCCGUUUCAUGAGGCUGUUCAGACUGGGAACAAAGGUAGGUUUAUUUUUAAAAUUUUUUAAAAAUUUUUUAAAAAUUAAAAAUUUGAGUCUUUUUAAACUUUCUGCCAUUUUUUAGUAACACAAAGCCAGAAAUGAAAGAAAAGUUGAUGUUAUUCCUUUCAGAAAUAGUAGAAUGGAUCCUAGACCUUCAGCCCCAAAACCUGAACGUUGCCAAUUUUUAUGGCCGGACUGCUUUACAUUUAGCGGCCGCCAAUGGGGACUUGGAUUUGGUAAAACUUUUGGUCGAAAAAGUGCAGAAAUCAACAACUUGAUGAUUUAUAAGAAGAAAAUGGUAACAGCGAAAGAUCUGGCUGAUCAACGGAAUCAUGUUGAUGUUGUUGAGUACCUGACGAGAUAUGGAGGGAAGCUCACUAAGGACUUGGACCAGGAAAUAGUUCAGCUCAAGAGGGAUAGCAUUGAAGAUGAAGUUAAAUUGGGUAGGUUUUGCAGGGUGGGCAGGGUUGAGUAGGUUUGUUGGGUGGGUAGUGUAGGUUUUGUAGGGUGGGCAGGUAAAGUGGGUUUUGUAGGGUGGGCAGGUAAAGUGGGUUUUGUAGGGUGGGCAGAGCAGGGUAGGUUUUGUAGGGUGGGUUAGAAGAUAUGGCGUGAACUGGGGUAGAUGGUAGAGAAAACGACAGGGCAUGGGGUACGGUAGGGGUCAGGAUAUAUAGUAGGUCAUAAGUUGCAGAAUUGUCUAGGGUAUCUUCGGGCAGAUCACUGGUUAGGAGAUGGCAUGAGUUUGAGCUGAGGAUAGGAUACAUAGUAUGGCAUGGUAUGAGGUAAGGCAUUCUAUAUGGUUUAAAAGACGAUAGGGCAGAGUACAAUAGAGAACAGUUAAAUAGCUUUGUGUAAGGCACGUUAGGGUAGGGUUGAUUACGGUAUUUUAGGGUUUGGCAAGGCAGGGAAGAGUAGAGCAGGGUAGGGCAUACGUUGAGCGGGGUAAGUUAUCGAGUCUGGUUAAAAAAUGUAAUUAAGCUUGGGUUAGGUAUACUGUAGGAUAUAUAUCAUAGUAGGGUACGCGGUAGGGCGUAAAAUAAUGCAUAAAGUACGGCUUGGGAUAUCAUGACUGGAAUGGUAGGCUGGGUAGGACAAGGUAGUGUAAGGUAAGGUAAGGUAAGGUAAGCUAGGUAUAAAUAUAAUGUGAAAUCUACAGCUAAAACCCGCUGGAUGCAAUCACAACAACCUGACGAGCAAUUCUUGGACUCUCGAAACUCAACGUUUUUCCAAAUGCUUCAAAAUAAAAAGGUUAGUUUUAAUGUAAAAUACGUUACCUAAUGCUCAUGUUUUAUGCAAAAACUAUCUUUACAGUCUCUCAGAGUUUGAUUUUCCUUACUUUUUAAAAGUUUAAAAACUUUCAGGAAAACUCUAUAAACUUAUCAAGUUCGGACCAACGUGACACUUUGGUACAAACCAAUGGCUCAAGUAAACAAAGUCAAACUGAUGACAUUAUGUUACUGGGUAAAGAAAUGGUGGAAGAAGCUAUUAGGAAGGUGGUACGAGAAGAUGGCAUUAAAUGUAAAUUUUUGAUUUGUUUCAUACUGUAGUGUACUGUAACAAAAAAUAUAAGCCAAAAAAAUUUUUUAUAUUUUUGAUGAUUUCUUACUGUAAAUUCCACUUAUUUUAAAAAUUUUUGGCUUUUCAUAAUUGGACAUGUUUCAUCGUAUAACAUGGCUCUUGCCGGCUGCAGAACUGAAUAUUGGCUUAAAAUUCAUGUAAAUAAAAAAAAUAGAUUAAAAAUGAAUUUUUAGUAGUAAAAGAGCAACAAAAACCAAAUGGAAUCAUAUCGACCGGUAAAGGAAGGCAUGGCAAAUCAGAAGAACAUAACAAUAUUGAUACCAAAGGGGCUAGUACAAGUUCCACCGAUGAUGACUAUCCACAGAUGCCUCAGAAUGAGGAUUAUGACAAUCAUGGUAUGUUUCAUAAGCCUAAGUGUCCUUACUUAAGGUUAUUUCGGUUUACUAAGCCUAAGUCUACUAAGCCUAAGCCUACUAAGCCUAAGCCUACUAAGCCUAAGCCUACUAAGCCUAAGCCUACUAAGCCUAAGAAUACUAAGCCUAAUCUUACUAACCCUAAGGCUACUAAGCCUAAGCCUACUAAGCCUAAGCCUACUAAUUUAAGUCUACUAAGCCUAAGGAUACUAAGCCUAAGAAUACUAAGUUUAAGUCUACUAAGACUAAGCCUACUAAGGCUAAGCCUACUAAUACUAAGCCUACUAAGCCUAAGCCUACUAAGCCUAAACCUACUAAGCCUAAGCCUAAGCCUACUAAGCCUAAUCCUACUAAGCCUAAGCCUACUAAGCCUAAGCCUACUAAGCCUAAGCCUACUAAGCCUAAGCCUACUAAGCCUAAGCCUACUAAGCCUAUGUCUACUAAGCCUAAGCCUACUAAUUCUAGGCCUACUAAGCCUAAGAAUACUAAGCCUAAGCCUACUAAGCCUAAGCCUACUAAGCCUAAGCCUACUAAGCCCAAGCUUCUUAAGAAUAAUGGUUUCAUUUCAGACCACAAGCCUAAAAAAGUAACAAUGAACGAUCGUGUUAUGCGGAUCGAAACCUACAACGAUGAAUUCGAUGACGAUGAAGACGAUGAUCCAGGCUCAAUGGCUCAGUUCUUUGAUGGUGCGGUUGAUCGACGUUUCAUUCACGAAAAAGCCAUAUUUCAAGAACUGACACAUCUGAAACGAAUCCAAAUUCAAUAUGGCAAAGUUCAGGAAGGCAUCUUGGUGAGGUCAUUGAUCAACAAUUUUUGCAAAAUGCAUGGAUUGAACCCUGCUCAGUUCAAGUUUAGCACGUUUUAUGCGUGGGAGAAGUUUCUUUACGGUAAGGAGGUUUUUAAUUGUUAUGUCCUACCUUACACUACUUUGUUUUACCGUACCCUAGUUUACUCUACCCUACCCUACCCUACUGUACACUACUCUACUCUACCCUACCCUACAAUACCCUACCUUACCCUACCGUACCUUACCUUACCUUACCUUACCCUACUGUACACUACUCUAUUAUUUUAACUUAACUAACCAUUGUGUUGUGGCUAACCUUUUUCGACCAGUUCAUUGUUCAACUUGCGUUUUAAGACUUUCUUUCAGACCAACUCAAGCUGAUCUACCUGGAAGAGCGUGAGCGGAUUCAGAGCGCAGCUUCGAGUAUGCCACGAUCUUCACAACGCUUUGAACGACGGUUACGAAGAGUAUCACCAUUAUCAGACAGAAUCCGUGAACUGACCAGAAUCUAUUCGACCGCUGUGACUGCAGCAUCGUACCGCCGACCUGUAGCCGCAACGAAGCCGCGAAGAACGGUGGCUAGGACGUCUUCCAACUCAAGGACGAGAAGUACAUCAAGUAAACGAGAUCAUCGAUGUGUUCAUAGUCAGAGUGUGGAGGAGAAGGGUGGUGUGAAGAGGUGUGCUUGUUUCACACGAAAUAACAAUACCAACGCUCAUAAUCACUUGUUGUUGGAAAAGAAUUGGAAACCAUGAAUUGCCAGUGUUUUACCAUUUAGAUUUCGUUGUGUUUACAGGGUGGUAUGUCAGUAGCGGUCAAAAUUUUACUUAUAUUAGGUUGUCCGGAAAGUUCUGCAAUAUUUGAGUAGGUAAACUUUGAAAAAUCAGGAAAAAUUUAUUUCUUGACGGAAAGAAAAAAAAUUCUUUUUUUGUUUGUUUGUUUGUUACCUAAAUUAUUCAAAAAGGUAAGUUACAUAACUUAAUUUCAUUUUUUUGUAUUGUUUUAGGUAUCAGAAAAAAACGGAGAAAUCUUGCCUGCGCGUGAUUAUAUGGAAUGAAUUCAAACGCGGAAAUACUGCGGCAGAAAUUUUCAGAAUCAUAAACGAAAAUGAGGGUAAGAAUGUUGUGAGUUAUUCUACGGUGACCAGAUGGUUCGCAAAGUUUCGUGUGGACGAUGAGAAGCUUGAAGACAAACCACGUGCAGGAAGACCCAGCAAACUUGACAAAGAUGCCCUGAGGCGCAAGAUUGAAGAUGACCCACAUAUUACAAUCCGGGAGUUAGAAGAGUUACUAAACUGUGGAAAAAGUACCAUUGGUGACCAUUUGAAGGCAAUGGGUAUGGUCAAAAAGUUGGACAAAUGGGUGCCUCACAAUUUGACUGAUCUGCAAAAAGCCAAGAGACGAUGUGCUUCCGAAAAGCUUCUGCAACGCUGCAAAAACGAAGAAUUCUUGGAUCGAAUUGUAACUAUUGACGAGAAGUGGAUCUCGUUUAACAAUACUAGAAGAUCUACAAGUUGGUGUAAGCGUGGAGAAGCUCCUAAGCACGUUUCGAAGCCAGAAUUGCACGAAAAGAAGCUUAUGGUGACUGUCUGGUGGUGUAGCUCUGGAGUGAUCCAGUACGAUUUCAUGAAACCUGGCCAAAGUAUUACGGCCGACACCUACUGUGCCCAGAUUGACAAACUGCGACACAAUCUUCCAACAAUGUUUAGAAGGAGGGGUCCGAUCAUUCUGCUGGAUAACGCACGGCCCCAUGCUGCAAAGAAGACCGCGGCAAAAUUCAGGGAACUGGGAUACGAAGUCUUGGAGCACCCUCCUUAUUCUCCAGACUUGGCUCCAACGGACUUUCACCUUUUUAAACACUUGUCUUCGUUUCUUAAUGGAAGAAUCUUCAAAACUCCAGACGAUGCCAAGAAUGCCUUCAAGAACUUCAUCAACUCCAGAAACCCGGAAUUCUACAAUCGUGGAAUAAAAAAGCUUGUAAAUCGUUGGCAAGACUGUAUUGAUUCAGACGGUAAUUACUUUGAUUGA